CAUUAAUAUCACAAGAGGCCCAACAUUGAUCUUCACUUUUCUUCCCUCUCACUCUCCCGCCGGCGUCAGCUAUUAGCACCGUUUAGCGGAGAGGAACUCUCUGGAACCGCCACGUCUCACUGAUCCUACUACGCCAUCUUCUCUUUCGCUUCUUCACUCUUCUUCCUCUGUAGUUUUUAUAUCCCGAUCGCGAUCGCGUUAGCUGUCUCUGUCUUUGGAUUUCCCGGGAAAAAAUGGGUGAGGAAGCUCGAGUUUUAGAUAUGGAGGAGACCAGCGAAGAGAACACGACGAGAGGAAACCAUCUCGUUCAUGACUUGAUAGUCGAUCUAUACCCGCUUAGCACCUACUACUUCGGUUCGCGAGACGAUCUUCCCGUGAAGGACGAGAUUAUCUCUGAUCGAGUCGUCAGAUUGAAAUCGAAUUACGCUGCUCAUGGAUUGAGGACUUGCGUUGAAGCUGUUCUUCUGGUUGAAUUGUUCAAGCAUCCUCAUGUCUUGCUUCUUCAAUAUAAAAACUCCAUCUUUAAGCUUCCCGGUGGUCGUUUGAGAUCUGGAGAAUCAGGUUUAGAUAUUGAAGGUCUGAAACGCAAACUAGCAUCAAAGCUUUCGAUUAACGAAAAUGUCCAUGUUCCGGGUUUGGAGGUAGGAGAAUCCAUUGGAAUGUGGUGGAGACCCAACUUUGAGACAUUGAUGUAUCCUUUCUUGCCACCAAAUGUGAAACACCCAAAGGAAUGCACAAAGCUUUUUCUUGUGAGACUACAGGAAAAUCAACAGUUUGUCGUGCCUAAAAACUUCAAACUCCUCGCUGUUCCGUUGUGCCAAAUCCAUGAAAACGAAAAGACUUAUGGGCCGAUCAUAUCGCAAAUUCCCAAGCUUCUUUCGAAAUUCUCGUUCAACAUGAUGGAGAUAUGAACAAAACUCGUGAUCAUUGCCUCUAGUAACUCUUGCCUCGCUAUCUCGCGAUUGCCACAGGAUUAUAUAUGUUUGGUGAAAUCUUUCGUGACUAUGUAAUGUAUAUGUUUCGGAUGUUGUAAAAGCCUGUCCUUGUUGAUUAGAGACUAGACAUGAAGUAUAAUGAUAGUGGUGUUAAUUGAUAGAUAGGUUUAUUCGAAUCGAUUUUUCUUUAUGCGUGUGAUUGUAUUGCAAGUGUAGUUUAAACAAAAAGAGAUAAAAACUUAUGUUAUAUGAAUGUGAUCAUAAAAACUUGAAAUAUAUUUUGUUCAAAGACAAAAAUGAUUCGAU